AUGUCCGAUCGAACGGAUUUCGUGCCAAGCCACAUCGGUGACAAAGUGCUCCCCGCAGACCCAUUAUUUACUCGACUCCUGGCGCUGGCUUGUCAGUCGAAGCAGAGAGUUGUCAUUCGAGACAUCAACACCGGCGUGGAGAAGAACUCGGCUCAGUUACUCAGUGAUGUGCUCAAUCUUCGGCGGAUGCUGCGAGCCUCACUAAGCCAGGCCACGCUGGACGAUCUGAGUCAUGGCAAGGAAGUCUAUAUCAGCAUCGUUGCACCUGGCGGCUAUGAAUUUACCGUUGGCAUUCUUGCUGUGCUCUCUCUGGGAGCUGGAGCCAGUCCAUUCAGCCCUCUAAUGCCCGUGAAGGAAGCGAGCUACUACGUCAAUCGAGCAAGAAGUGUUGCAGUAGUGGUUGCCACAUCUGCUCUAGACCUGGGAAAUGCCUUAGCGGAGGAGAUUCGCAAGACUUCUAACAAACAAUUCGUGGCAGUGCCGGCACAUGCAUACAGUCAGGGACAAUUCAUCGAGCCGAAGAGCGUUGUGGUGUCUUCGAAUCGAUAUGUGGACAUGAAUGGCCCGGGAAUAGUCAUCUUUACCUCAGGGACAACCGGCCCUCCGAAAGGCGCCGUGCUUCGUAAGGCGGCAAUCACAGACGGCGCCUUGAUGACGGCUCAGCAACUGGGAUUGACCAUGGAGGAUACUUCGCUGCAUUUGUUACCGGUCCACCAUGCCACUGGUAUAUGGGUCGGUUUCUUCCCGUUUAUCCUCACCGGCGCUUGUAUCGAGUUUCGAUCGGGCAGCUUCGAUCCUGUUUGGACCUGGAACCGAUUCAGGCGUGGGGGCGUAACUGUGUUUUCCGGUGUGCCCACAGUAUACAUGAGAAUGAUGCGAUAUUGGCAGGAGAAUAUAGCGAAGCUGUCUCAGAAGGAGCGUGAGCAGUACAAAUACGGUGCGAACAACAUCCGUCUCUGUAUGUGUGGAACGUCGGCCUUGCCACAGCCGAUCGAUCAUUUCUGGACACAUUUACGGGAUGGCAGAAGAAUUGUGCAGCGAUAUGGAUCCACAGAGACCGGCGUGGUCUUCAACAUGCCGUUCGAGAACGGCUCAGCUGUGCCAGAUGGCUCUGUGGGAGAGAUGUCGCUAGGCGUUGACGCCAAAUUAUCCGACGGGGACGAAGGCGAAGUCCUGCUGAAGAACUUCAUGAUGUUCUCGAAGUACCUGCAUGACCCGGAUGCCACAAGAAACGCACAUGACGAAGACGGGUAUUAUCGUACUGGUGACAUUGCCCGCAGGGAAGGUAAAUAUUUUUUCAUCACAGGAAGGGCGUCUGUCGAUAUCAUCAAAAGUGGUGGUUACAAAAUCUCUGCACUGGACAUCGAACGCGAGCUCCUGUCUCUGCCGUAUAUCUCGGAAGCAAUGGUCGUUGGAGUUCCUGACGACGAAUUCGGCCAGCGGGUUGCUGCGGUGGUGACAUUGCGACAGGAUGAAAUCGCACACAGAUUUUAUCGAGAGCACGGGCGUGAGUCGACAAGCUUGAAGAUUGACGACCUUCGAAACGACGCUCGUGGUAGACUUGCAGGCUACAAAUUACCGACUCUGCUUCGAGUAUUAGACGUGGAGAUACCAAAAAGCCCGACUGGAAAAGUUGUCAAGAAGACUUUGGGACCAGAGUACUUUCGGCCGGGCAGUUACGCGGACGAUCCUGCCGUUCAGAUGUGGACCAGUAGCAGGUCCGCUCGUCAAGUGAAGUUGUGA